CCAGCAGUAGGAUAUUUGUUGAAUAGCCAGAAUGUUCUCCCUGUCCAUGAUGGUGGGACUGGUUCCCAUCGUGUCUCUGUUCGGUUUGUUUUACUCUGCUGCUGUAGAUGAGAACUUCCCUCAGGGCUGCACCAGCAGCAACAGUCUGUGUUUCUACAGCCUGCUGCUGCCAGUAACCAUCCCCGUCUACGUCUUGUUCCACCUCUGGAGCUGGAUGGGGAUCAAGCUCUUCAGGCACAACUAAGCUGCUCAUCCUGAAAAUUCAUAUUCAGAAAAAAUGCAACAUUUUCAGAUAAAUUUCUGUCACUUUCUUAGAUUCUCGAUGCUUAAGUUUUUUUGAAAUCUUUUCAUACAAAGAUGCUGAAUUGUUAGAUGGAGCUGGUUUGCUUUUAACUGGAGGUAGAAAUAUUUACCAAUAGGUACCAAUCCCAGUUUAUAUGUCAAAUAUAUUGGUGUAAAAUGGGAUCCAAUGUAAACAUCUCCCCCAAAAAUCUAUCUGCUUAUUAAGAUGAAAUAAACUUCAGCACAUGAGUUUA